AUGAGCGGGAAAGGUAACUCGGAAACGGAAAUAGAAAAGGAAGCUGGGGAAAGGGAUGGGGCGUGGGAAACGGGGUACGCGCAGGAAAUAACAGAAGAAGAGACAAUAGUCUUGAACGCAUUAAGGGAAAUAGAACGAAAAGUAACAGUAAUGUCGUAUAUGAUAGGGAAAGAAGAAGGAAAAGAAGAAGGGAAAAGAGAGCUGAUUAAAACGCUAAACCAAUGGUGGGAAGAAAAGAUGAAACUAGAAGCGAAAAUAGUGGAAGAAGAGGAAAAAGCAGAGAAGAAAAUAAGAAAGGAAAAGAAAGAAUCGGAAAGCACAAGCAAGUAUAUGACAUAUGCAGAAAUAACCAAAAUAAAGGCAAAGGAAAGGCAAUCAGAAAAAACAGGGAAAACAACGACGGAAUGGCGAGUAAAAAAUACAGUAGAAAAGGAAAAGAAAAAGAAAAGAAAUAGGAAUGAAAAGGAAAAGGAAGCGGGAACGCAGUAUACAAAGAGCACUGGCACGUACACAAGAAAAGCUGAAGGGAUAAACGAAGAAAAGCUGAAGAAAAUAAGGGAAGAAAACGUGGGAAUGGAGGAUAAAGAGAUAAUAAAGAAAAUAGAAGAUGAGAUUGAAAUUGGAAUAGAACAUACGACGAUCGUGAAAAGAUACGCCUGUCGAAAUCUAAUGAGAGAGAACAUCAUAAUGGAAGUGGAUGGAAAGACGUACAGCAAGGUAAUGAAGCAAGGGAGGAUAAAUUUUGGAAACUAUGCGGCUAGAGUGGAGGAAUAUCUAGAGGUAACUGUGUGCUUCAGAUGCUGUGGAUACGGCCACGUAGCGAAGCAUUGCAGGAAGGAACGGGAAGAAAGGUGCUACAGGUGUGGAGGUAAACACGGUGGAGAAGAAUGUGAGAGCAGAGAAAUGAGAUGUAUUAAUGGUAAAAGGGAGGGCAAAGAGUACAGGGGACACGGAGCAAGGGAUUUUAACUGCAACACACUGCUACGGAGGCAAAAGAAUAGCAGGAUUUGGAUUGAGUAUGGGGACGAAAAUUAA